AUGCAUGCAAGAAAAUCAACCGGAGGAUCUGUUCCAGAAACUUUUUCUGUCCAGGGUAGAGAGGGCUCGUCCUAUGUUCAUAAUGCGAUUGCAAAUAUUGUCACCAGAAUCUUGAAUGAAGGGCACAAGGUUGAAGGCAUAUCUGUUCCUCUAGCCCAAAUGCCUGCUUCCAAUGAUGAUCAAGAUGAAGAGAUUCCUGUUGUUCCUGCUGAGAAAGAUGAAAACCCUAAUGUGCAUGAUAUGGUGGACCUAGAUGAUCUUGAUGAUCCUAUUGAUAUUGCUGAUGAUGACCUCAUCUCCAGCAUCUCCAACAGGGUCAAGGCUCGUAAGGGAAAACAAGUUGGUGAGCAACAUUCUCUCAAGCCACAGGUUACUCCUCUGAAGACUGUUACUAAAGAAAAGAUGAAGAAAGUUCCCACUGGACCCUCAAAGUCUGGAAGCAAAUGGAAAUUUGUGUAUCAAAGAAGGCUGGCCCUAGAAAGAGAAUUAGAAAAUGAUGCUCUGGAAAAUCAAGAGGUCAUGCAGCUCAUCAAGUCUGCAGGUAGAAAUGCUGAAGCUCAACCUGAGCUUGAAGUAACUGAUAAUGAGGUUUGCAACACCAUCACUGGGGGGAAGGUUAAAAAGUGGCCCAUCAAAAGUAAACUGUCUGCUAGUCUCUUGACUGUCAAGUAUGCUCUGCUGCAUAAAAUUGGUUCUGCCAACUGGGUGCCCACCAAUCACACCUCUACCAUUGCUGUUGGCUUAGGUAGAUUCAUUUAUGCUAUAGGGACCAAGACUGUGUUUGACUAUGGGACCUAUAUUUUUGACCAGACUAUGAGACAUGCAGGUACCUCUGCCACUAAGCUUCCUAUUGCCUUUCCAUCCCUAAUAUGUGGAAUCAUCCUAAAGCAAUACCCUGGCAUCUUGAAAGCUAAAGAUUCUGUCUGCAAGAGGGAAAGUGCUUUGACUUUUCACUACAAGCUGCUUCAAAGGACUGAUGCCUCAACAUCUGCUAGGACAUCUCAAACUAGCAAGUCUUCUGCUGAUAGUGGUGAUGAUCAUGCUACUGGUAGUGAUGGUGAGAAGAUGGAUGCUGAUAGUGAGGAUGAAUAUAAGGCUGAGGAUGAUGAGGAUGCUGAUGCCCAGACUAGUAGCUCCAGUGAUGUGGAGAUGAUUGUUUUGGUAAUCUUCUGGAUCUUGGACAUGGUUGUUUUGUGGUUUUCUUUAUUUGGGUGUUCUUUGGUUCUCCCUGACAAGGACAAGUGGUUUAUGUAA